AUGCAGGUUCGCGAUGCCCGAACAGGGGUCAACCGCCAAGAGAUGGAGGAUCUAAGGAAAUUUCUCGAUUCUGGUCCUCAAGUCUUCGGGCCCCCAGCCUCCAUCUCCACGGGCAGUUCCCUGAGCAAGGCGUCUGUCACGAAGAGGUCUGGCAUUUCUUUCUUCAGAAGCAAACGUAGAUCUUUUGAAUGGCAAGAAGUAAACCAUCACGACGUUAGCCACGAGAUUGCAAAGGUUGAUGACAGGAUGACCCCUCGCAAGCUGGGCAGUCACACCGUUCUAAUGAUCAACUAUCCAACGACAUCAGCCCCGAGACCUUUCUCGCGCUCCAUUUCGGCAGGUACCUUUCUCGACGACUCAACCCUUGGGCCAUCUCAAAUUCGUUCUGCAUCUCUGACUAGCACUUCGAAGUCUCUAUCUCCCUUAAUGAUGCACCAUACUCCCUCGAGGAGUCCGCUCAACCGACCCCCCGGCCUCGCCGGAUCGACGCUCCCAUUACCCUCCAAUGGUUCGCCUCGAUAUAGCCAUAUCAUGCGAGAGGAAUUGCUAUUUAAACCUCCCUCUGUUUCUUCGACCGCUGCCGACAUCAUGGAUCGUACAGCAUCUCGAAUGGUCCCGGCAAGUUCGACGGAAACGCAUCUGACCCAAAGAUUCGUUCACCAUCGAUCAUCGCCACUGGAGCCUCGUCGUGCCCCAAUACCUCAGACUCUGUUGCGCGUCGAGUCAGAGCCACUGGCCCAUGCCGCUUCUCGCAUGAAGGUGACCAAAGAGGUAGCAACGCAGACCGACAACCAGGAGUCAUUUGUUUUGAUGCCGAAUACUCACGGAUCGAGUGACGAAACAUUAUCCAAGGUUUCCUUCCCUCUGACCCCGCCUCCGAGCAAUACUACACUCUCUACAGUACCAGCCGCUUUCGAAAGCAAGGAAGAUCAGGCAUCGUCCAAACACCGAAACCGCAAGAGGAAGGGGAAAGCGGUGGUCCUUAGUGAUCAUUAUGAACCCGAUGGUGAUCUCAAUGCCAUAGAGAUGGAGCUGACGAGGAUCGAGGACAAGGACCAAGCCUUCGGCAAACUAUGGGAACUGUAUGAAUCUCAAAAGGCGCUUAGACGUGCAGAGAACGAGAUGCAUCAGUGGCAAAUUGCAGACCUAAAGGCUGGGUAUAUGGCAGAGAAAAUGGCACAUCGAAGGAUCGCUAGAUUCUUAGCCCAGUCUGGCAUGUCGCCGGAUGACAUAUGCACCAUCUCUGGCGUUUCUGGGAGCCCAUCACUCAAGGAGAGUACCCUCGCCUCAGUUACCACCUUCGACAUGUUCCACUUGGACAAGGCCCGCUUCACGUUGCUCGGCAAGCAAGUGCGAUUGAAUCAGAUGGAGCAGUUCAGCGCGAGCUGCCAACAUUCUCCAGAGGGCCAGUUUGGUAAAGAGCUCAACACAUUGGAUGCCUCCUCUGGUCUCAAACCUCGGAAACAUACACUCCCUUCGCCCUCACCUGUGCCAACGAUCCCGCUUCCACCCAUUCCAACGCAAGGUCGCAAUGCUCGCUCGUUGAUCAUCUCGUCACCGAGGGUCUUGGUAUCACCAAUCAUUCGUUCUAAGUCGCUGAACCAGACGCCGAAGACUACCUUCGCUGAUGCAAUUCAUAUUGAUGAAAGGAUGGCACUACUCGAGGCUGAUUUCAUCGCCUCUCGCAGUCACUCCACGACCGGAAGUACUGACACGAUCAGCCUUGGAAAUUCACCGCAAUGCAUCCACCCGGAACUCCCAUGCCUGGUCGAGACUGAUGAAUCUCCCUUAGUUUGUCUAUCAUCACAGAACAGCCUCUUAUUUGACGCAGAUUGCGAGGACAACGGAUCUUCACAAGGAUCUGUAGCAUCAGAUAGACACUUUUCCACUUGCGCCAGCAGAGACACCGGUAUCACGGCGCUACCGGAUGGAUCAUCCCUCGAACCUAAUAGCGACUUGCAUCCUCUGUCUCGUGCCGGUGAGAGGGAAGGGGCCACCACGGUUGUCUAUGAUGGAGCUGUAGACACCAUUGGGGGACACAUCCAACGAAACAAUGCCGCCGUACAGUGCGAGAUGUCAUCAGAUCAAGAGGUAGUUGAGGGCACCAUCGAUUCCAGUCUAGACGGUGACAAAUGGGCAGCCGUUUUUUGCGCUCUUGUCGGCAAUACCACCGAAAGGGUACAAUGA